CCGCCAGAUUCAGCUCGUCCCUUGGCAUUCACGCAUGGCUCGAUCGAAUUUCCUUUCUAAAUCUAAUGCUACUUUUGCUUCAUCUCUUUCUCGAAUCACUAGCUGCUCAAAUCCCGCGUUUGAUAAAGUUAUUAAAAGAGCAUGGAGUGAUCCCGAAAUGCAGAAGGAGGUGUUGACAGUAUUGUCGGCACUUACUAAAAUAAUCCAUGAAAGAGGCGGAAAAGAAUCUGCGGUAGAAUACUACGCUCUCCUACUUAGCGCUCUAAAUGUAGAUUCGGAAAAAAAGGUGGCUGAGGCUUUCCUACUGAAGCUAGUGAUGACGAAAGCUCUUCCUAACUUUGUAGUUCAAAAGACUUCAGGAGAAGCCUCCAAAACUAUCAUAAAUGUAUUAAAAGCUGCUUUAUCUGGAGAAACUUUUAACACUUCCCUAAUUAAAUCAGUAACUUCUCUACUUGUAUCUUGCCUUGGAUAUCUUCUAUUGGCGCAAGACUUCGAUUCAUGGGCAGUAGAGUCGACUAGGCAUAAUUAUCGUGUUCUUCUCGGUCUAGUUGCACAUGAGAAGCCAGCCAUUCGGAAGGCUUGCCAUUUGUCCAUAGUAAAUAUACUAACUUCCUCACCUGGCAUUAUCGUUGGCGAUAUUUUGGGAUCAUCCCAUCCAUCCUGUCAUCAGACACAAGAAUACCUUUGUUCUUCUAUCCAAGAUGAGGCGAAGCAAUUAACAAGUCUUAUCAAAACUAGUGACGCUAACUGCAUUAGACUCCUCUACCUCUUGGACCUUUUGGCAUCUGUUAUACAUGUUUUUCCCACAAGAAACAUAAAAGCAGCCAGCGAAUGUAUCCUUGACUUAACUGAAUUUCCCAAUAAAAUGGUGAUAUUGAAGGUAUAUACUAUUAUCAAUAAUCUCUUUGAUGCUCGGCCUUUACCUAGCCGUCUUCCUGUGUCUUUGGCUGGGCGCCUCUUGACAGCCUUGCAUGCUUGUAAAGCAACUGCUCCUGCGGUACUUGUCGCCCAAGUAGUCGGGUCUGGAGCCGAUGUUGACACUUCCGAGCUCAGUUUGUGUACUGACGUUAGACUUGCUUGGCUUCUCGCUCUCCAAGCUGGCGUCGCUCAUCUCACCCGCCAAACAGUUUCCUGCUUGUCGGAUAGUUCAAUUACUACCUCUGCUGAUCGUUCUAGUCCAGCUUUGUUUGUUCGGGUUUCCUGCGAUCACUUGGAAACGCUCAUAAAUUUGGUUCUAAAAGAGAUAGACUCAACGCCCAUGCAGCAAUUGAGGGACAAGAUGGCUGAUCUUUUAUUGGUCAUAUUUUCACAGGAUUUGGUGAGUAAACCUGAAUGUUGA